AAGGGCCCUUCACAGCAAGCACACGGGCAGCCACUGCGCACUGCUCUCGUCACUUCUGCUCCUCUCUGAGUAGCAUUAACUGUCCAGAGCUGCGAUGCUAUUAUUAUUAUUUUGUACUUUUCCUACUCGGAAGGCCAGAGGCGGGCUGGCAGCACCUCAGGGAGCCCCUCCAGAGCUCCGGGCAUCUCAGCCCCUCUUCAGCCCUCUCAGAGUCCCCUCAGACUCCCGCCAGGAGCGGCAUCCCCUCGGCGGGGCCAAAGCGAAAGCGAAGCGCGGCCUGAAACCCUCCGGGGGCGGCGGCAGCCAUGUGACAGCCGGGAAGCGGCCCGACCGCGCGGGCCAGCGGGGCGCCGGGGGCUGCGCACCCCACGGCGGGCAGGGCAGGGCAGGGCCGGGCCGGGCCGAGCAGGCGGCUCCCCCCGCCCCUCCCCUCCGCUCCCCGCGUACCCCCCAGGCCGGGCCUGGCGCCCCGCAGCGCUGCCCCCGGGGGAGGGGACCGCCUCUCGCUGCCGCUCAUUGGGGUGGUCGUCUCUCGUAUUGCGCGGUUCUUAUUUUCAUUCCCAGCGCCCCGCCGCUCCUGUCACUGCCGUCGUCGUUCCUCCCGCUCGUCCCGGCCCCGCCGCCCCUUUGUGCCCGGCGCGAUGAGGCGGCCGCGGGCAGCGGCAGGUUUAAACCUCCAGACGGGUUGAAGGACGCGCCCGAAAGGAACCACUUGGCAGAUUUGGUUUCCUCUCUUGAAGCCCCACUGGACGUGGAGCAGAUCCUUCGCUUGCAGGCGCCCGAGGACGGUUUGCAGAAGGCUGCUACACAGUGUAGCUCGGACGCUGUGAGUUUCAAGAAUCUGGUGAAAGGGAGAGAGUGGACAAUGAAAAUGGACAUGGAGGAUGCUGACAUGACCUUGUGGACGGAGGCCGAUUUCGAAGAGAAGUGCACAUACAUUGUCAAUGACCAUCCGUGGGACCCCAGUGCCGAUGGAGGCACCCUCACUCAGGCAGAGGCUUCCUUGCCAAGGAACUUGACUUUCAAAUAUGCAUCAAACUGCAAAGAGGUCACUGGAGUUAUAAGCAAAGAGUACAUCCCAAAAGGAACGCGCUUUGGACCCCUGGUAGGAGAGAUCUAUACCAGCGAUACAGUUCCCAAGAAUGCGAACAGAAAAUACUUUUGGCGGAUCUAUUCAAGUGGUGAGCUUCACCACUUCAUUGACGGAUUUAAUGAGGACAAGAGCAACUGGAUGCGUUAUGUAAACCCUGGCUACUCAGUUCAGGAGCAGAACUUGGCAGCCUGUCAGAAUGGAAUGAACAUCUACUUCUACACUAUCAAGCCCAUCCCUGCCAACCAAGAGCUGCUUGUGUGGUAUUGCCGAGACUUUGCAGAGAGGCUGCACUAUCCCUCCUCCAGAGAGCUGACAAUGAUGAACCUCACACAAACCCACGUUAAUCCAAAGCAGCACAGUGCUGAUAAAGAUGAGCUCUAUCAGAAGAGCGUCCCAAAGAAGGAGCACAGUGUGAAAGAAAUCCUGAAAAUGGAAUCCAGUCCUCCAAAAGGAAAAGACUUCUUCCAGACCAACAUUUCACCAGUUACUCCAGAAAAUGACUUGGAUGAUUUGCAUAAGAACUAUAGCCCAGAGAGGUGUUUCUUCCCUCGAGUUGUCUACCCGAUCCGACCUCACAUUCCAGAAGACUAUCUGAAAGCUUCCUUAGCAUAUGGGAUGGACAGACCCAGCUACAUUACUCACUCGCCCAUCCAGUCAUCUACUACACCAAGUCCUUCCGGGAGGAGCAGCCCAGACCAAAGUUUAAAAAGUUCAAGCCCUCACAGCAGCCCGGGGGUCACAGUUUCACCUCUGGCACCAACUUCCCAAGAGCACAGAGAGUCGUACCCGUACCUGAACGGAUCCUACGGCUCAGAAGGAUUGGGUUCUUAUCCUGGAUACGCCCCCCCUAGCCACCUCCCAUCUGCCUUUCUACCAUCCUAUAACCCCCACUACCCCAAAUUUCUGUUACCUCCAUUCAAUAUGAGCUGUAAUAACCUGAGCGCUUUGAACAAUAUCAACGGCAUCAACAAUUUCAAUCUCUUCCCACGGAUGUAUCCCCUUUACGGCAACCUGCUCAGUGGCGGUAGCCUUUCCCAUCACAUGUUGAACCCCACCACGCUCCCCAGCUCAUUGCCCAGCGAAGGAGGCCGUCGAUUGCUGCAGCCCGAUCAUCCAAGAGACUUCCUCAUACCAGCACCUAACAGUGCCUUCUCUAUCACGGGCGCUGCUGCCAGCAUGAAGGACAAGCCAUGCAGCCCCACCAGCGGGUCACCCACAGCUGGUACAGCAGCCAGUUCAGAACACAUAAUGCAACCUAAACCUACCUCAGUGGUGUUGGCUGCCACCGGCGGUGAAGAAGCCAUGAAUCUCAUUAAAAGCAAGAGGAAUGUGACUGGUUACAAAACUCUCCCGUACCCACUGAAGAAGCAGAACGGGAAGAUCAAGUACGAAUGCAACGUUUGCUCCAAGACCUUUGGCCAGCUCUCCAAUCUGAAGGUGCACCUCCGAGUACACAGUGGAGAGAGACCAUUUAAAUGCCAGACUUGUAAUAAAGGCUUCACACAGCUGGCUCACCUCCAGAAGCACUAUCUGGUACACACAGGAGAGAAGCCCCACGAGUGUCAGGUUUGUCACAAGCGGUUCAGCAGCACCAGCAAUCUCAAAACCCACCUGCGGCUCCACUCUGGAGAGAAGCCUUACCAGUGCAAGCUGUGCCCAGCCAAAUUCACCCAGUUUGUGCACCUGAAGCUGCACAAGCGUCUCCACACCCGGGAGCGUCCCCACAAAUGCAUCCACUGCCACAAGAGCUACAUUCACCUUUGCAGCCUCCAGGUCCACCUGAAGGGCAACUGCCCUGUCGCCCCCGCCUCCGGCCUCUCGAUGGAGGACCUGAACCGAAUCAACGAGGAGAUCGAGAAGUUCGACAUCAGUGACAAUGCCGACAAGUUGGAAGAGGUGGAGGACAAUAUCGACCUAACGUCCAUCGUGGAGAAGGACAUACUGACCGUGCUCAGAAGGGAAAUGGAAGGAGCUAACCUCAAAGUAUCUUUACAGAGGAACCUGGGAAACGGACUUAUCUCCUCAGGAUGCAACCUUUAUGAGUCUUCAGAUAUGUCAAUUAUGAAGUUGCCUCACGGUCACCCACUACCUCUGUUACCUGUAAAGGUCAAGCAAGAAACAGUUGAACCAAUGGACCCUUAAGACUUUUUGGCAAAGUGAUUUUUUUUAUUUAUGACUUGGCAAGUCAGGGUGCCUGUAGCAGUUGCUUGUACAUAGUUUCAAUGCUGCAAAGCAAUCUUGGCUUACAGUAGUUUCCCUACGCUCUACAGUGGAAAGAAGGAACUCCAAAGUUACUGUUUUCUCAGGGCAUAAAAAGAGGCAAAGGACUGUGCAUUGCCUCGCCAGUUACUAAAAGACAAUCAUCUAUCCAUAAUUAUUUUUUCAAUGAUAGUACUUCAUAAUUUAUUAUGCAAUUUAUCAUUCUAAAAGCAAUAAUUAGAAAAAUGUUUACAAUGACUGGAAAAUUCAUUGUAAUUUUUACUUUAAGUGUUUUUAUUUUUUGUUUUAUGGCCAUUCUUUAUAGAGUUCUUUUCUGCACAUGUUUUAAGGACCUAAGAUUGGGGUUUCAGUAACCAUGUUUUAUGUACCAAUGUCUUUUAAACAAAAAAUUUUUUGGUACAUUUUUUUUUCUAUUGCCAAAGCUGGACAUUUGACAUACAGAGUCCUAGAUCAGUCAGUUUGAAAAAAAUGCUGGGUACUUUUAUGUGCAAAUCACCCCAUUGGGACGGAAAAGGAAAAUAAAAAAAAAGGGGCAGCAGGAAGCAGAGAAGAAACUGCUGCCCCAGCUUCUCUGAGGGCAGGAGAGGUUCUUCUACCUCCAGCUCUACCCAGAACAGAUGUGACACAGCAAACACCUGCAUGGACAAUACCGUAGGUUUUUAGAGAACAGCUAUAGCCCCACUCCUUGUCACGUAACUUUAUGACCAAAGGAACGCAUCAGAUUCAAGUGGCUCUUCCAAAAUAAAAUAUCACUUACAUGCUUUUGUUUCCAACAACGGUUUCAAAGCAAAUACACCAAUAUUCUUAAUAUUCUGCCUCAAGGGAGAUUUUCGGCAGACUUCUUUCUUUUCUCUCUUUUUGUUUUUGUUUUUGGCCAGAGCCUUCCAGGGAUACAAAAAAUGGUCAGAUUCCCUGAGAAAUAAGGGGUUUGGUUUUACAUGUGUUUCUCUCUCCCACUUUGCCUGGGUGUAGAAGUGGGGAACAAAGUCCUUUUCUGGCACAUACUUUUUUUUUUCUUCCUUCCUGUACCACUCAGAUUUUUCUCGGUAUUUGUGUUUGUACAUUUUGUGGUUAAUUUAAUUAAAGAAGAAAAGGGCAUUGCAAAGUUGUUGAACAACAAUUACCUCAGUGCUUGUGUCCAGUGGUGCAGACAAUGCUGUUUUAUCUAAAUGCUUUGCUACUUUAGAGAAGAAACCAAAAUGUGCACAGGGAAAGAUAGAAUGCACGUCCUUUAUCUUUUUGUUUUGCUAAGCCCAAAGACAGCAGAGUACAUGUAUAUUUAUAGAUAUAUUUAUACCACUAUACUAUAUAUGUAUAUGUAUAUAUAUUUAUACCACUUAAGUUGUGAGACAAACCAUGUAAUAAAACCUAUUUUUCAUCUAAGUGUGAAAAUCAAAUGUUAUCCAGUUUUGCAUAUUACCAAUGACCUCAAAACCAAAAGGUUGUACAAAGGCAUUUAUCGCUUGCAAGUACACGUGCAGGGCUGUCCAUGCGGGGCCCGAACUUGCAAACGCCUGAUGUGAAAAAUGUCGCUCACAUGGGGAGGCUGGGCAAAGUCAGGGGGAGGAACCGUGUCUGCAGGACGGGGGUCCUCAGUGCCCUGCUCUCCUGGCAGUGUGUACUGGGGGGAAAAAGGCGGGUGGGCAGUGAACAAGCAACUGGAAAACUUAACCAAAAGAACCCAAAAAGAACCCAAAUACUACCCACGCAUGGUGUAAGUGCAGAGCACAGUGAAGGGUAGGCUGAGAGUCAGUGGGGUGAGCUCUCAUGAGCCCCCUAGUCUUGUUAUACCCUGCCAUUAAUGAGUUGCAUCGUCAGCUCGCAUCAAUCUCAGUAGCAUUAGUACAGUCUUCCCCUCCAGGUGUAUCUUUUUGUUUGUUUCUAUUGUAAAUUGUAAGGUCGACCGCUUCAUCAAUCCAGGAUUUGGUGAUUUUUUUCCCCGUGGAACUUUAUUUUAAUGCCUUCGGUUCAACAAUCCCGACAUACACACAGUUUUUGAAGGACUACAGUUCAUUACAUUUCCACUCCUGCAACUUGUGAGGCUGACAUCUUUUAAAUGUAGCAAUAGUUCAUAAAUAUAGUACUUACUUGUAGGAUAAACCAAAGUAUCAUUACUCUGUCACUGGACACACACUUUUCCUAUAUCUGCCUGUAGUGCUUUCUUGUAUUUGAUACAAAUUUUACAAGAAUUUAUAUGCAUCAGCUUUAAGAAUUGUUACUUCUCUUUACUGUUUCCCCCUUCCCUUAGAAGUUUUACAUGUGAAUGUAGCAACAAUCAACAGUGUUUUGGGGGUUUUUUUUCUCUCUCUUAAGAAAGACUCUGACCAAAGUUAACAGGCUUUUUACUUUGCUAGAACAACAAACUAUCAUAUGUUUACGUAUUGGUUUACAUCAUUAUUUAUGUGCAAAUUGUCAAAUGUAAAUUAAAUAUAAGUGUUCAUUGCUUUA